AUCUAUCAGAUAACAUGUUAACCGGUUCAAUUCCAGAUUCUAUGGGGAGUAUGAAGCUCAACAUCCUUAAUCUCUCUUCCAGCGAUCUCUCGGUAUAUGAUGAGAGUUUUCUCUUGAACCCAAAUCUCUGCUCCUCAAGUUCUCUAAUAAAUGUCAGAAUUUGUUCGCAAAAGAGUUCCUCUAGAGAGUUACUUGUUCUUCUCGGUGCGCUUCCCCUUUUGGCUAUAAUUUCUCUUGGCCUAUCGUUCAUUUUGAGAGGAUACACGAGAAGAAAUCGCAGCAAUGUAGUCAAUGCAUGGACGAUAACAACUUUUCACCGUUUGGGCAAUUUCAACAAGUCCAACAUUGCGAAAGGACUCACUAAUGAGAACUUGAUCGGAAGGGGAGGUGGAGGAUUAGCAUACAAGAUCACCCCCAGCAACCAAAGCAGAGACACCGUAGCUGUGAAAAAAAUCCGUAACAGUGCAAGGCUGGAAAAGGAGUUCCAGGCAGAAGUUCAGCUCCUUGGCUCGAUUCGACGCAACAUCAUCAAGUUACUUCGCUGCAUCUCGAGUGCCGACUCCAAAAUUUUGGUGUAUGAAUAUGAGGAAAACGGGAGUCUAGACAUGUGGCUUCAUCAUAGAUGCCGAUCAUCUGUUUCAGGACGAUCUGUGUCACGGGAUUGGCCGAUGAGAUGGAUGAUUGCAGUGGGAGCAGCCAAGGGGUUGUGCUACAUGCAUCAUGGUUGUUCUCCUCCAAUCAUGCAUCGUGAUGUUAAGUCUAGCAACACCUUGUUGGACUCGGGUUUUAACGCUAAGAUUGGGGAUUUCGGGCUGGCUAGAAUGCUAAUGAAGGCUGGAGAGCUAGAGUCGGUAUCUGUGGUAGCCGGUUCUUUUGGUUAUAUGUCUCCAGAAAGCGGAUGGUUGAGAAAGGUGAAUGAGAAGGUAGAUGUGUUUAGCUUCGGUGUAGUACUUCUGGAGCUGACCACUGGCAGAGAAGUAAACUACGUCAACGAGCACGCUUGCCUAGCUUACUGGGUGUGGCAACGGUUCCAAGAGGUAAUCGAUAAAGAUAUCAGAGAUUCAUCUUAUCUUGAUGAUAUUCUGGCUGUAAUCAGAUUAGGUAUCUGUUGUACUGGGGCGUUGCCUGCGUAUAGACCUUCGAUGAAGGAGGUGCUGCAGAUCUUGCAAGGGUGCAAUCAGAAGAAUGCUGGAAACUGAUCAGGUCCAGCAUAGAGCAAUACAGCUCCACUUAUCAGAACAAAUUCCAAAUGAGGGAGCAGUAGGAGGUCAUCAGAGGUUGAAGAAGAAGGUGAUCAUGGUAAUUGUCCCUAAG